AAGUAUUAAGAAAACAAAAAGAGAUAGAGUUUAUUAGAAAUGAGAGUAUAGCUGAAAAAGAGAAUAGAACUGAAAUGGAAGAUAGUUAUGAAGAUUCAGUAAAUAGUAUUAGUAAAGAAUUUAUAGAAGAGGAUUAG